UACACUAUGCGAUACGCCUUCUGUUUAAUGGGCCGUCUUGACAUUUUCGUAUGACAGGUGAAAUAAAAGCACACAGAUAUGCCUGUGUGACAAGACAUGGACAGGUUGGGAAUGGGUGACAGCAGAAACAGUAACAGUGUCCAUCAGCAGGGGAAGAUGAUGUCUGAUUCCCAACUCUUUGACAGGGAGUUUGACAAUCUCAUAUCUGAACUUACAGAGCAAGAUUUCACUGAUCCAGCUCUGUCUGAUGCCCUCAACAGACUCAAAGAGGUGCUUCGGUACAAUGCUCCCGGAGGCAAGAGGAACCGAGGCUUAUCUGUGAUUGGCUCUUUACGCGAGCUGGUGCCGCCGUCCGAGCUGUCACUUGAUGAAAUUCACCGUGCACUUUUGGUUGGAUGGUGCAUUGAACUGCUUCAGGCAUUUUUCUUGGUGGCUGAUGACAUCAUGGAUGCAUCUGUGACACGAAGGGGAAAGCCUUGUUGGUAUAAGAAGAAGGGUAUUGGUCUGGAUGCCAUUAAUGAUGCUUUUCUUCUGGAGGGGGCGAUCUAUCGCCUUCUUCGCAGACAUUGUAGAGGACAACGCUACUACAUUCACCUGCUGGAGCUUUUUACUGAGACUUCUUUUCUGACAGAGUUGGGUCAAACCUUAGAUCUAAUGACUGCACCGCCACACAAAAUCGACCUUGACCGCUUCACCAUGGAGAGGUACAAAGCCAUUGUGAAAUAUAAGACAGCAUUCUACUCCUUUUACCUCCCUGUUGCUGCAGCCAUGUACAUGGCAGGAAUUGAGAAUGAGACUGAACACAAUAAUGCUAAAACAAUUUUGCUUGAGAUGGGAGAGUUCUUUCAGAUACAGGAUGACUACCUAGAUUGCUAUGGUGACCCUGCAGUAACUGGAAAGAUCGGCACAGAUAUCCAGGACAACAAAUGCAGCUGGUUGGUGGUGAAAGCACUGGGCAUCAUGACCCCUGAGCAGAGGCUAGAACUAGAGGCAUGUUAUGGGCGAAGUGAUGCAGAAAGUGUUGAAAGGGUCAAGGCUCUGUAUGAUACGCUGGAAAUGCCUAUCCGGUACCAUCAACAUGAGGAGGAGAGCUACCAGCGCCUUCAAAAACUCAUCCAGCUUCAUGCCAAAAAUCUGCCUCAUGCUGUUUUUCUUAAUUUUGCCAAGAAAAUAUAUAAGAGGAACAAAUGACGUGUUAAUCUGUGAACUGGAAGGACUAUAGAAAGGGAUCCUGAGAUAAAUAUUUUGGAGUUUCAGUCACACAUAUUUGGGUCAGUUCAAUGCUAUGUGAUUUAUUUUAGUUGUUCACUAAAUAUGGAAACGGUAGAUUUUAAUCUUCACUUUAAAUAUAUUCACAAGGGUUUAUAUACUCUUAAUUUGAAAACUGUAUGAAAGAUUUACUAUAGCAUAUAAUCUGUGCAUGCAGUGUCAGUUGUGUUAUAUGAUUGGUUUGUAUGUUAUGCAAUCUAAAAAAAAGUCUAUUAUCUUGCUUUUCUGAAACCUUUGUACAUAAUACAGACUGUACAGGAACAUAACCACAAUUUAACAUCUUGUCUGUCUCACUGGUCCAGUAAUCAAUGUUCUCAUCACCACUGUAAACCUUACAACAAAAAGGCAGCAUUGUGCUUUUAAUAAAGAACUUGAUCAAACAUU